AUUUUUCUGCUGACUGGAUUUGGUCACUGGUUCUUCGUCUUUUGUCUGUUGCACGCAUCCCGCCCUCCCCAUUUGCUUCCCCACUCCUCGGAUCCGGCCCUCUGGGCUUUCACGCCAGUUGUCUCACCCCGCCGUGAGCCCCUCCUGGUCCCCGGUCGGGCCUGGCACGGAGGCGGUAACUAUGGAGAAUAUGGCGGAGGAGGAGCUGCUGCCCCAGGAGAAGGAGGAGGAGGAGGAGGUGGAAGUGGCCCAGGUCCAGGUCCCGACCCCGGCCCCGGACUCGGCUCGGGUCCCAGCUCCGGCCCCGGAUUCGGCUCCGGCCUCGGCCCCGACUCCGGCCUCGGCUCCAGUCCCAGCCCCUGCCCUGGCCCAGGCUCCGACCCUGUCCCCGUCCCUAGCCUCUGCCCCUGAUGAGGCUGAAAGCAAUGGUCUAGUUAGCCCUCUGAAAUCAGACUUAACUGGGCAAGAUGAAGAUGGCAUAUCUGAAAUAGAAUUGAAAAUUGAGGAAAAAGAAGUUUUAAAAGAACCUCCUAGCAUCUUGGACUCAUCUGAUUUAACAAGAGAGAGACACAUCUCAAUUCAAAGGCAGCUUGCUGAUCUAGAGAAGUUAGCUUUCGUAACUGAAGGGGAUUUUGACUCUGCCAGUUCACUAAACUCAGAUAAUCUUGAUGCAGGAAACAAACAGGCUUGUCCAUUGUGCCCCAAGGAAAAAUUCAGAGCUUGUAAUAGUCAUAAGCUUCAUCGUCACCUUCAAAAUUUACACUGGAAAGUCUCAGUUGAAUUUGAAGGUUACAGGAUGUGCAUCUGUCACUUACCUUGUCGACCAGUGAAACCAAACAUUAUUGGAGAACAGAUAUCCAGUAAAAUGGGAGCCCAUUAUCAUUGUAUUAUUUGUUCAGCAACAAUCACCAGAAGGACGGAUAUGCUAGGACAUGUUAGGCGCCAUGUGAAUAAAGGAGAGACUAAAUCCACGUAUAUUGCUGCUUCUGCUGCCAAACCACCUAAUGAAAUUUUGAAAGAGGCAGACACAGAUGUACAAGUUUGUCCCAACUAUUCUGUACCUCAGAAAACAGAUUCCUAUUUUAAUCCCAAAAUGAAGCUAAAUCGGCAGCUAAUAUUCUGUACACUGGCUGCUUUGGCUAAGGAACGAAAACCUUUGGAAUGUCUAGAUGCCUUUGGAGCUACUGGGAUAAUGGGAUUACAAUGGGCAAAACACCUUGGGAAUGCAGUCAAGGUUACAAUUAAUGAUUUGAAUGAAAACUCUGUGACGUUGAUUCAGGAGAACUGCCAUUUAAACAAACUGAAAGUGGUAGUGGACUGUAAGGAAAAGGAAGAGAGUGAUGAUAUUCCUGAAGGAGAGGAAAACUUUGGUAAUAUUAAGGUGACCAAAAUGGAUGCCAAUGUACUGAUGCAUUUGAGAUCUUUUGAUUUCAUACACCUAGACCCUUUUGGAACAUCUGUGAACUAUCUUGAUUCUGCAUUCAGAAAUAUAAGAAACCUUGGCAUAGUGUCAGUGACUUCUACAGAUAUCAGUUCUUUAUAUGCCAAGGCACAACAUGUUGCCCGGCGUCACUACGGCUGUAACAUUGUCCGAACUGAAUAUUACAAGGAGCUAGCAGCCAGAAUUGUUGUAGCUGCAGUGGCAAGAGCUGCAGCCCGAUGUAACAAAGGCAUAGAAGUACUGUUUGCAGUGGCUCUGGAACAUUUUGUAUUGGUGGUUGUGAGAGUUUUGAGGGGGCCUACUUCUGCAGAUGAAACAGCCAAGAAGAUUCAGUACCUAAUCCAUUGUCAGUGGUGUGAAGAGAGAAUUUUUCAGAAGGAUGGUAAUAUGGUAGAAGAAAACCCAUAUAGACAGCUACCCUGUAACUGUCAUGGAAGCAUGCCUGGAAAGACAGCAAUAGAACUUGGACCUCUAUGGUCAAGUUCCCUUUUCAAUACUGGAUUCCUCAAAAGAAUGCUAUUUGAAUCUCUUCACCAUGGUUUAGAUGACAUUCAGACCCUAAUAAAGACAUUAAUCUUUGAGUCAGAGUGUACUCCUCAAAGUCAGUUUUCAGUUCAUGCACCUUCAAAUCUCAACAAGCAAGAAGAAUAUGGUGUAUUUAUUAAAACUACAGAUGAUACCACAACAGAUAAUUACAUUGCACAAGGGAAGAGAAGAAGUAACGAAACCACCACAAAUUUAGCCAAGAGGCAAAAGACUGAUGUGAAUACUGAACAUCCUCCCUUUUAUUACAACAUCCAUAGACACAGCAUUAAAGGAAUGAAUAUGCCAAAGUUAAAAAAGUUUUUGUGCUGUCUUUCUCAAGCAGGCUUUCGAGUCAGCCGAACUCAUUUUGACCCGAUGGGUGUCCGUACAGAUGCACCUCUAAUACAGUUUAAAUCUAUCCUUUUAAAGUACAGCACCCCCACCUACACUGGAGGACAGUCAGAGGGCCACGUCCAACCAGCGUCCGAAGAUACAGUAGCUGACACGGUUGAAAUGUCAGUGAAUGACAAAGCAGAAGCAAGUGGCUGCAGAAGAUGGUAAAUAUAAAAGAAGUUUGUUCCCAGAUGUCUGUGUUGAUGGCCUAAUAGUUCUCUAUAUCAACUGUAGUGCUUUUUCUAUUCUUUCAAUUCAGUUGUGUAAAAAUAAAAAAAAACAGUGCUGUUUUCAUUCAGAAAAUUAGCAGUUUCUAACUUAGCUGAUUUGGGAGCUAUGCUUUCCAAGUUUUUCUUAUUUUAAAGAAAACUUAAAAUUUUAAUGAAAACAUUUCACGUGAAGGCCAAGUUUGUGACUGAGAUCACCCUACUGUUUAAUACUCAGAAAUUUUUCACAUGCAAAGUGUUUGGAAUUUUAUUUAUGUUAUGGAAGGCAUCCUUUACUAUACUUAAUCACAUCUCUACUUAAACUGAUUCAUGAUAUUUAUGUUUUUCUGUUUGUAGUGUAUAAGAUGAAGCCAGAGCCUUUUAUUAAAAUGACCCUAAAUAGAAUAGGAGGAACAAUGUCCUUUCAGGUCACUAAUAUAUUUUUUCACAAAUACAAGCUAAAAUAUAUUCCCAAUUUCAAGAAAUCAUAUCUCUACCCACACUGAUCUUUCAUUACUAGCUUUUGAGAAAUUAAAUAAUUGCCUGAGAUAGAAAUACAUUUUCUUAUAAGUUUAAGGUCUACAUGACUAAACUUCAGAGUAAGAUUUUGUUAAAGUAAAUUGAGACCACUGUUAUUAUAUAGUGAUUGUUCACAGACACUAAAUUCUGAAGAGAGAUUUUGUUAUGAAUUAAAUAAACUGGGUGAUCUCAAGUGCCUCAGUUAAUGCACGUACAAUAUUCAUUUGCUUGGUUGUCUACCUCUCAGGAGUAAAACUUGUCACCUUAUGACUUUCUGAAGUGAGGAUUUUCUUGUUUUUUGGGGGGUGGUUUGGCUUUUUUGUUGUUUUGCUUGUUUUUUGGUGUGUGUAUGUGCUAAUUUUUUGUACAAGUAGCUCAGGCUAACAUGACAUGAAAAUUAGUUGGAAAAAAAUCUCAUUUCCAUUAAUAAAUAUUGUUCUUGCUUCAUUUGAA